GCCGAAAACGGUACAAUUUGAUUGGCGGAUCAAAAAUAUAUGAAAUAGCAACAGUGGCAACAGUGGUUCUCGCAUUUGCAGCUAAUUUGUAUAUACAGUGUACAUAGAGAUGAGCACACAACAAACUCGUUCGGGGGGCGGAGGCGGCGGCGGUCGCACUCAGAAAAAGUCAAAUUCCGCAAAUAUUGGUAGUGGUGGCGGCGGUGGCGGUGGCGGGGGCAACAUCAACAGCGAUGCUGGAGCCAUCACACAUGCCGCAACGCUGAACAGCAAGAAGUCAAGCGAUGCGAACAAGACAGAGAAACUGGAGAAGGCACAACCGAAGGCCACCACGGAACAGUUGCGCAUUGCCCAGAUAACCAAUAGCAGCACUACAGAGGAUCCCCAGAUCAAUGAAAAGGUCACACUCUUGCUAACAAUGACCCAACGUUCCGAGGAGGAAGUCUGUUGCGCCUUGAACGAGUGUGAUUACGACUUGCAGGCGGCAGCCAAUUUCUUGAUUGAGAUUCUACCACAGGGCGCCUUUGCCAAGUACGAAAAGAAGCGCAAGAAUAAGGCUGCAAAUGCUGUGGCAGAUGGCGCUGGUGGCGAUGGGGACUGGGCAGAUGGCAACGCCAAUGCAGACAGGCGGGAAAAGUCGCGCAAUCGCAGCGCCAACCGCGGUGGACGCGGCGGCACCGACAGUCGCGGCUGGCGCGGAAGAGAGACACGUGAGAAUGAUCGCAAUAUGCGGGAAUCUCGUGGUGGCGAUCGUGGUGAAGAUCGUGCCAAUGACAACUAUCGUGGUCAGCGUAAUGGCGGACGCGGUGGUCCUGGUGGUGCAGCUGGUGGUGGCGGCGGCGGCGGUGGACCACGCGAUGGUGGGCGUGGCGGCGGUUUUAUGUCGCGCCCGGGUCGCGGUGGUGGACGCAUGGGCGGUCGCAGUGGUGGACCACGUGGUGAACGUGGCUUUGGUGCACGCAACAAUGCCAACAACGAGGAUCACCAUGAGGUUGAGCUCUGGGACAAUACCAUAGCGCAGAACGCCGAGAAGCAGCAGCAUCAGCAGGCGCACGAUGAUGCAUGGGGCGACUGGAACAAUGAGGAGUACGAGGGCUCGCUUAAGGACAGCAAAGUCUUUACCACGAGCAAUCUGAAUUCUCAGGCAGCCGCCAAUGUUGUCGGUGGUGCGACGGUGCCGGCGAGUGAGCUGUCAGCGCCUCCAGGUCUGGAGCAUCAUCAUGUGGCGCAGGCAACUCAUUUGGAGGACAACACGGCGCCAGCAACGUCAUCAGCAGCGACAACGCCAAUGAUGCAGUACAGUGCUGCGGUCAGUAAUCCGCCGCCACAGCUGCAGAGUGUGGUGAGCACGCCCAGCAGCACUGUGGGAGGCGGAGGCGUGGCAGGUGGAGCCUCAACUUAUGCCACCGACACAUUCUCAAGUGCAGCCUCAGCAGCUGCCACAUUGGUGCAACAGGCACAACAGUUGCAGCAGCAGCAGCAACAACAACAGCAGACGCCACUGAAGCCAUCGGCAACACUUUCAGCGGAACAAUCUCAGUAUUUCAACUCGCUGACGUCACAGGGCGCAAGUCCAACGGCCGCAGCGGCAGCAGUAGCAGCUGCAACACCUUCUCUGGCCGCCGUCUAUGGCAGUCAGAGCAGCGGAGCAUCCUCCCAAUAUCCCAGCACAUAUGCGAAUGUAUUUGCCUCGGCGCCGGGAUCCAGUGUGGGCACGCCCACCAGCAGCGAGCAGUCACAGCAGGCGCCGAUGAGACGAGCACGUGUUAAACUGCCACCGCCAUCGAAGAUACCUGCCACAGCUGUGGAGAUGCCAGGUGAUAAUGCCUUGAAUAACAUUGGCUAUUUGGAUGUGCAAUUUGGUGCCAUGGACUUUGGCACUGAUGACAGUUUCGAUGCGCUGCCAGAGAAGUUCAAUGCGGGCGUCAGCAUCGAUGGACAGCAGCAGCAGCAGCAACAACAGGAUGACUAUCAGACCAAGUCGCAGCAGCAGCAGGCGGCGUUAACAGCAGGACUGCAGAAUGCGCAAAUUUUACAGGGUGAUGCUUUAAGUGCUGCAAGCUAUGCGGCACGCUCGACGGCGCAACAACAAGGCAGCAAUGCCCUGGAUCAGUUGACCAAGAGUGAUCCUUAUGGCCAGGCAACCAGUGGUAACAAUGGUGGGACACCUUAUCAAAAUGCUUAUCAAGCGAGCGCCGCCAACAAGGCGAACAGUGCCUACCAAACGUCAGCGUCCGUGCAGGGCUACAACAGUUCCAGCUAUGCAAAUGUGCAGUCAUCGGUGGCCAACAGCUAUCAACCGUCUAGUUAUGCCAGCUAUCAGCCUGUCAAUGCUGUCAACUCCUAUCAACAGCAGCAGGUGGCAGCUGUUGCACAACAGAAUGCGACGGGAGGCAGCGUUGCCGGCGGCGGCAGUGUUGCAACACAAAACAUUCCCAUUAGCGGCAGUGGCGGACAAAACAGCUCCAGCGCAAAUGCGAGCUCCGCCUAUCUCACAUCGGGAUAUUCGACACCACAAAGUGCUUACCAGUCCAGCCAGAGUGUCUAUGGCAGCACUGGUCUCUCCAACAGCAGCGGGUUUGCUGGCAGCGCAAGCAACUCGUCCUCGCAAUAUGGUAACUUUAGUGCUAGCGCCAAGCUAAAGGAUGCAGCUAACGCUGGAGCUGCAACGCACUACGACAGUGUCUCCACUAGCAGUGGCGUGAGCAGCAGCAGCGCCAGCACUGGCAACGGUGCACCAGGCACAGUUUCAGGUGCAGCAGGUGCCAAUCAGGCGGUCGUAUCCAACACCAAUAACAAUGUAAGCGGCAGCAGCUCGGCCAGCAGCGUAGCAGCUAACAACAGCAGUAAUGUGGUGUCAGUUAGCCAGGUUGGAAACCAAGGCGGCAGCUCUUUAACGGGCGUAAGUAGCGUCGGUGGCGUCAGUGCAUCAGGCGUCGGUGUUGGCGUCGGCGUCGGCGGUGGUAACAAUGCCAGCUCUGCGUCAGCCGUUGCACAAACAACAGUGCUUGCCUCGCUGACCAACAAGAACAGCAGCAGCAGCAACAGCAGCGGUAGCGGCGGCAACGGCAAUGGCGCUACAGCGGGCAGCGUCGGCGUUGGCAGCGGCGGCGGCGUUGGCAGCAGCUCAACUGGUGCUGGUGGUGCUGGUAGUGGUGGUGGCAGCGGCGGCGGCGGUGGCAGCAGCGGCUUGGUGCCCACCAACAUCCAAAUGGUUAGUCAAUAUAUUCAGACUGGAUUGCCAUACUAUCAGCAACCAGUGUAUUCCUACGAGGAAUUACAAAUGAUGCAACAGAGAGUGCCACAUGUGCAAGGAUAUUAUGAUCUGAAUUAUACACCAACCAGCCUGGGAGCUGGACGAGAUAAUCUGGGUUCGGUGGCAUACUCAACCAUGACUGAUGGACGUUUUGCGCGCACCGACAAUAAUUCCAGUCCUGUUAGUAAUGUGUCGAGCACAAUGUCGCAACAAGCUGGCUCCAGUGCGCCCAUGCUGAAUGUUCCUUAUGCUUAUUUCUAUGGUGGCAAUGUUAUGCCAGGCGGUUUCCAAUAUGGCACACCAGCCAUCUACCAACAACAAAUACCGCCGGCAAAUACUGCAUCCGGUGGUCAGUUCCCGAAGCCUUCAUAUAGCGCUGGUUAUGGUUCGGCCAGCUACGAUACGCUCUCUCAAACAACUCAGGAUUAUAGCAAGGGCGGCUACUCGUCCAGCGUGAAUCAACAGAGCAAAACACAAACGGUUUCCAACCAACCACAAGCAGGCACUGGCUCCGAUCUGACCUCAUCCAUGUAUGGCAAGGGUCAUGUGGCGCUAAACAAGGUCAAUUCAUAUGAGAAGCAGAGUUUCCAUUCGGGCACACCGCCACCAUUCAACAUGGCCAAUACACAGACACCUGGUGGCACAUCGGCCCAACAGUAUGGCAUGUAUUUGCCAAUGCCAGCGGCCGGACAUCACAAUAUGAUACAUCAGCCCAUACAUCAGAUGGACGGCAGGAUUCAUAGCUCAUCCCGCCGGGACUCGAACAGUGCUGGACAACGUCAACAGUCGAGCAGCCAGUCAAAGUCGGCCGGCAAACAGAGUUAUCCAGCCUCGUACUGGACCGGACAGAACUAGCAGCUUCCGGAGAAGACCAUUUGGCGGCCAUUGCAGAUCACUUUGCAGCCACAAAGCGAUUUUUAUAGCCUUCGCACCGCCACAACAGUAGCAACAACAACAACAGCAGUAGGAACAGCAACCACAACAACAGCAUCAUUAACAACAACACCCAUUCACAUUUAUAAUUAUAAUAAUAAUAAUAAAAACAUCAUUCAGCAGAGAAUGUUGCCUAUAACAAAUACAAUAAUAACAACAACCACAACAACAACACCAACUGCAACAAAUCAGUUAUUAAUGCUUGUCAAGGAGAAAGCCGUUUCACAACAACAACAAAAUCCACAACAACAACAACAGCCGCUUAAUAAAUCCGAUGAAUAUGCAACAAAAAGCGAAACGUUGAGCGAGGAGCAUCAUUCAUCGGAAAAUGAUGAUGAUUAUCUAAUAUAUGAAGAUGAAAGAUCAUAUUUUACUUAAUAAGAAAAUGUUUUUACUAUGAACGCACCGUAAGGCGCUAUCGCCUAAAACUCCUCCUCGUCCUUCUCCUCGUCAACCGCCUCCUUCAAAUACACAUACGACUUUAUAAAGUAUAUAUACACACACACAAACACAACAUACCACAUAUACACGCAACAACAACCAAAAUACACACACAUCCAAACAUACAUAUAUAUACAGCCCAACAUCUGCAUAUACAUACAUACAUAAUAAACUAUACCAAGUACCAUUUUUCACAUUGCAUACAAAUAAUUUACAAAGAUAAAAGAUAACAAUUAUUAAAUAUUAAAGGCGUAAAACGAUUUAACAGAUUUAUAAGCGUAAGAUGAAACAAAUACAAAUACAAAAACAAAAACAAACAAACAAACAACAAACGUAACGUGAACGAGAAAACACACAACAAACAAAAAUUAAUUAUUGUAAUCGGUUUAAACUUAUGUGUAUUGUAUAAUUAUAACCUUAAUAUUUAAAUUAAAUACAAGAAAAGAAGAUAAAAGAUACGAUUAAAUCCAAACAAAUGCAAAA